GUUAGUUUAGCCAACGUUACGUGUGACGCAUACAAAUAGCGUUUACCACAUUCCGUAUUUCUGCGUAGUUAUCGGCUAAUAGACUCGUUUUGCGAGCGAAAGUAACAUUUUCUAACAGCGCACAACGCAAACAAACCGGUGGAAAACGUUAAAACUUAACCGCUACGUUACAAAUAUCGCGGAGAGGGUUUACUUGUUUUCGUCAACAUGAGAGGGGGUUCCUCGUAUGGCGACCGCGGACGUGACAGGCCACGGUUUGGGGGCAUGAGCAGUGGGGGUGGGGGUCGCAAUGGACCCCCACCUAUGAAGUUUGGGAAUCCAGGUGAGCGUCUCCGCAAGAAGAAAUGGAACCUGGACGAGCUUCCGAAAUUUGAGAAGAACUUCUAUUCUGAACACCCGGAGGUCCUACACAUGAGUCAGCAUGAUACGGAAGAAUUUCGCAGAAAGAAGGAGAUCACCGUCAGAGGCACUGGCUGUCCAAAGGCGAUCCCUGCUUUUCACCAGGCGCAGUUUCCUCAACAUGUGAUGGAUGUGCUGAUGCAUCUGAACUUCAAGGAGCCAACAGCAAUCCAGUCUCAGGGCUUCCCUGUGGCCCUGAGUGGGAGGGACAUGGUGGGGAUCGCACAGACGGGCUCCGGAAAGACACUGGCUUAUCUUCUUCCUUCUAUUGUGCACAUCAACCACCAGCCUUACCUGGAGAGGGGAGAUGGCCCAAUUUGUCUGGUGUUGGCCCCAACCAGAGAGCUGGCUCAACAGGUUCAACACGUCGCUUACGAGUACGGCAGGGCGUCCCGUAUCAAAAGCACCUGCGUCUAUGGCGGAGCACCCAAAGGACCACAGAUUCGAGACCUCGAGAGAGGUGUUGAGAUAGUUAUCGCCACACCUGGUCGCCUCAUUGACUUCCUGGAGAGUGGGAAAACAAACCUGCGGCGCUGCACCUACCUGGUGCUGGACGAGGCCGACCGCAUGCUGGACAUGGGCUUUGAGCCGCAGAUACGCAAGAUAGUCGAACAAAUCAGGCCUGAUAGACAGACUCUGAUGUGGAGCGCAACCUGGCCGAAGGAUGUUCGGCAGCUUGCCGAGGACUUCCUGAAGGACCACGUCCAGAUUAACAUUGGCGCUCUGGAGCUCAGUGCCAACCACAACAUCCUGCAGAUAGUUGACGUCUGCAUGGACUCUGAAAAGGACCAGAAACUGUUUCAGCUGAUGGAGGAGAUAAUGGCCGAGAAAGAGAACAAAACCAUCAUCUUUGUGGAGACGAAGAAGCGUUGUGAUGAGCUCACCAGGAGGAUGAGGAGGGAAGGAUGGCCAGCCAUGUGUAUCCAUGGAGACAAGAGCCAGCCAGAGAGAGACUGGGUCCUUGUUGAAUUCCGGAGUGGUAAAGCUCCGAUACUGAUCGCUACCGACGUGGCCUCUCGUGGUCUGGAUGUGGAAGAUAUCAAGUUCGUCAUCAACUAUGACUAUCCCAACUCCUCUGAGGACUACGUCCACCGUAUUGGACGUACGGCCCGCAGUUCCAACAAGGGGACCGCCUACACCUUCUUCACCCCGGGGAAUUUGCGGCAGGCCCGAGACCUGGUCCGGGUGCUGGCGGAGGCCCGGCAGGCCAUCAACCCGAAACUGCUUCAGUUCGUGGAGUCGGGGCGUGGUGGAGGAGGAGGCGGUGGCAGAAUGCGCUACCGUGGCAGCAGCUCCAGCUACUCUAACAACAUGUACCAGCAGGGGGGGUGUGAUCGCCGCAUGCACACCGGUGGUGGUGGUGGUGGUGGUGGUGGCGGCGGCGGCGGCAAAGACAGCCGCAGUAGCUACGGCCGCAACGACCGUGAUGGAGACCGCUCCACUUCCUCUUACAGGGGCAGAGGCCGGGAUCAGGGGAAUAGCCACAACUCGGGCUCAGAUCACUACCAGAGUUACAGUGGCAGCGGGGGUUACAACUCCCGCAACGGAGGCCAGGUCAGCGGAGGUCAGGAGAAGUCCAGCCAGCCGCAGGGUCAGUUUGGCCAGCCUCCUCCUCCUCCUUCAUUAUCAGGGGGGUUCCCGCCUCUGAUGACUCAGCCGUUUGCCCAACAACAGCAAACGGUCAUGGGCUUCAUGGGGCAACCGGCGUACCCUUUUGGUUCUCCACCCGCUCCUCCUCCGGGCCCUCCACCUCCCAGGAAGUAGAAUUACGAGCAGGAAGCACCGAGUUAAUUUGCGCUACUUAGUGUGUUCGAAGAGUAAUUUUAGCUUUUACUCUCCAACUCUUUCCUUCUCCAGGAGUUAAGGGCUUAUAUCUCUCAAUUGUGUAAUACUUUUUUGAUACAAGUAAACCUAAAACUUUUACCUUUCUUUCCAACCUUAACUCAACCGUGUACCAUGGAACACGUUUCUUGUUUUUUGUCCCUCUCCAGUUUAAGCUGCGUCGGGACUAGAUUACAAUGAAAACUAGCCUCAGUGGUACGUGGUGGAAAGUGCUGCUUAUGGGAAUGUUUGAUUUCUAGUAUCCACCGUCUCAGUCCGGAGUCAUGUCUCGCUCUCUGCUUUUAUUAAAGCUAGACCUUUUUUACCCUUUUUGUUUAAGGUUUUGAUUGUCAUUAUAUUUUGGGUUGUUCUUCUAAACACUGAAGCAGUGCAUCCAAGUUGUGAAUCUUAUUCCAUAGUUUUGAUAACGUGCAACAAUUAUUUUUUUGUUAGAUUUACUCUAUUUCCUUGUUCCUUAAGCAAGACGAGUGUGUUUCUAUGUACUUGUAACUGUUGACUCCCAUGUUGAUUUAAUAAGCAGAUCAGCUGAUGCAGACCUGUUUUCUGAUGGAUUGUGAACUAGAUUAGUUUGUUGCUUAGUUUUGUCUUUCAUUCAACUAUUUUUUUUCUUCAUAAAUAAAAAAGAAUCAAAACUA